GGGGCAUGUGGGCGGGACUAGCGGAGACUCAGGAGACACUGGGGACUCGGGAGACUCAGUCAGACCCGGAGCUGCAGAGACGAUCGGAAUGUUCAUCCCCGGGUUCCCCGCGCUCCUCCUCUCCCUCCUCAGUCUCUGCCCCUCCGGCUCUGGAUUUAACGUGGACACUCGGUUCCCAGUCCUGAAAGAGGCCGGAGUCCCCGGGGGCUUAUUUGGUUUCUCUGUUUCACUUCACCGGCAGAGUCUGGACCAACAGCGAUACCUGCUUCUCUCCGGAGCUCCGCAAGAUGCAGCCGCGCCAGGUGUGAAUGCCAACAGGACUGGUGCCCUCUACGCCUGUCCCAUUACCAGUUCCACCAAUGACUGUUUUAGGGUUCCCAUUGAUCCGGAAAGUAACCCUCAGAACAACAUCAUCGAGAAUAUGUGGCUGGGGGUAACUGUAGCGUCACAAGGGCCGGAUGGAAGAGUGCUGGUUUGUGGCCACAGAUACACUUCAGUGCGUUGGUCGGGAGAGGAGGAUCAGCGGCGGAUGAUCGGAAAGUGUUACAUUCGAGGAAACAACUUGGAGCUCAAUGAAGAUGACGAUUGGCAGACGUACCACAACGAGCUGUGCGACCCUAACUCGGACAAAGAUGCCACUGGCAUGUGCCAAAUGGGCAUCAGCGGGGGGUUCACCAAUAAUAUGGUCUAUUUCGGAGCACCUGGGGCAUAUACAUGGCAGGGUUCAAACUACAUCCUACAGAGAGAUACAGCUUGGGACUUGAAGGACAUCUUCUAUCCUACCAAUAAUACAUUAAACAUUUAUAUGGGCUACACCGUCCAGGUUAACUCUGGAAUUCUUCAUAAGGACCAAGUAACAGUAGUCUCUAGCGCUCCGAGAUGGGAAAGUAAAGGAGCCGUGUUUCUGCUGGAUGUGCAGAAGAACAUUAUGGUAGUAAAGCAAGUGCUGAAUGGUCAGCAGGUGGGAUCCUACUUCGGAAGUGCCAUUGCCUUGGCAGAUCUUAAUAAUGAUGGGUGGCAGGACAUAGUUGUUGGAGCUCCCUAUUAUUUUGAUCGGAAAGAGGAGAUUGGGGGCGCUGUCUAUGUGUAUAAUAACGUGGCAGGGUUUUUCAUUGAUAAAGCUUCAAUGGUGCUGCAUGGGACCAGCUUCUCUGGGUUUGGCUUUGCCCUGGCAAACAUUGGAGACAUUAAUCAGGAUGGAUUCACCGACCUGGCAGUGGGAGCUCCGUUUGAUGGACUGGGUAAAGUUUACAUCUACAAUAGCAAUGCCAAUGGCCCAAAGCGAGAACCAUCCCAGGUGAUUGACGGCUCUCAGAUAGCGAACAUCUCCACGUUUGGAUACUCUCUUAGUGGAGGGCUUGAUGUGGAUGAUAAUGCCUACCCAGAUUUACUCGUGGGAAGUUUGACUGACCGUAUCGCCCUUCUGAGGUCUCGCCCAGUUAUUAAUAUCUCAAAGGAUUUUAAGGUGACUCCUACAUUGGUGGAUCCAAGCAAAUGUUCAGAUACUUCCUGCAUUGAUGUCCGCGUCUGCUUCUCCUAUACGCUGAGUACUGGAAACGCCGGCUACCGAAAGAAUAUCACUCUGCAAUACACAUUAGAGGCCGACCACGACAGACGACCACCUCGGGUGAAGUUCCUGGGCUCUUCUGGGGCCGUGUAUCAAGGACUCUUCUCUAUGCCGGAGACCCAGUGUCAGAAUGUUCAGCUGCUCUUACUGGAUAACAUUCGGGACAAGCUUCACCCAAUCGGCAUCUCUUUGACAUACUCCAUUCUGGAAAGGGAGGUGCGAGGACGAUCGGCUGUGCGUUCACUAGACAACUUCCCUGUGCUCAGUGAAGACCAGAGCAACUCUCAAGAGCUGGAGAUCCACUUUCAGAAGGAGUGCGGCUCAGACAACGUAUGCAGGAGUAAUCUGCAAAUGCAGUACGAGUAUGUGGUUGGAAAUGCGCCAUUGUCCAAGGUAAAUGGCUCCCAGAUUCUGCAUUAUGACCGAAGUGGGAAGAAGGUGAAUCUUAAUGUGAUUGUAACAAACUUCCCCAGUGCCACAUCUCCAGCGGAUGAUGCCCACGAGGCAGUUCUGAACAUAACAGUUCCUCCUGAGCUUGUCUUUUCCUCAGUUCGACCACCUCUGGCCUGCACCUUGAAGGACACCAUCAUCUGUGAGCUUGGGUUCCCAUUCAAAAGGAAUCAGAAGGCUGAAAUCACCAUCGUUUUCGAAGCUGUUGGAAUCUCAUUGAAAACACGGGAAGUGGUGGCCGGACUGCAGCUAUCCACGUUGAGCAGACAAGAUGAUCUACAUGAAGAGUAUGCUAAACUAUUAGUGGACUACACCAUAAAAAUAUCCUUCUCUGUCCAGCCAAGCCACAUUCAGACCUACUUUAGUGGCAAUGUGAUGGGGGAGUCCGCCAUGAAGACAGCCAAGGACGUUGGAAGCCCAGUGGAGUUCCAUUUUACAGUUAGGAAUGAUGGGGAUGCUCUGACGUCCUUGGCAACACUGUUCAUUGCCGUUGACUGGCCCCAUGAAGUAGCCAAUGGGAAGUGGCUGUUAUAUCCUACUGAGGUCCUGGUUAAUACAGAGACAGUGAAGGCGUGCCAUCCUUCUGGGGACGUUAUAAACCCUUUAAACUUGACUGUUUCAGAUACUUCGGUUAAAAGAAGGAGAAGAGAAGAAGUUAUUGAGAUACCAGAUGUUCGGACUUUGGCGGCCACAAAAAAAGAAAGCUCUGAAGUUGUACUGAAAUGUUCCGGAGAAGGAGCGACAUGUGUGCAUUUUUCCUGUCCUCUGAAUGACAUGGAAUCGGAAGCCGAAAUCACAAUACGGGGAAGAGUUUGGAACAGCACUUUUCUAGAAGAUUACAGAAAUGUAGAUCGAGUGCGGGUGAUAGGAAGAGCUGAACUGUACCUAAAAACUGAUGUCCCCUCCAUUAACAUGAAGAGCCAGUUUGUGACGUUUUCUGUUGCUAUAGAUUCUGAACUGGUUGAACCCCCACCGGCUGAGCUCCCUCUCUGGUUGAUCAUUGUCUCUGUCGUUUCUGGGAUUUUGCUCCUUGGUAUCAUUAUCUUGCUCCUAUGGAAGUGCGGAUUCUUCCGGAGGGCCAACACCCGCGCCAUGUAUGAGGUCAGAGGUCAGAAAGCUGAGAUGAAGGUGCAGCCAUCGGAGACAGAACGCUUAACCCAGGACCUCUGAAUUCAACCUCUGACCCCUGACCCUCCCCUUUGGAUUGGAUUUUUCCAUUAUAACUUAGUCAAGACUCACUACGCUGUGUGUGUCCCAUUGGAAGAGAGGCAGGGACUCUGCUCUGGGAUUCCGCACAGUCAAAAGCAUUGGGUCACCAGCUGGAAAGAGACGGCCAG